CUCAGGCAAGGUAUUUCCCCAUAGCUUCUACCCUUCGAUUACCCGGGUUUCACUGCCCGAAUACUUAUGCACGCCCUUGCGCAAUAGUCUAGCAUUCAGGUCUAGACUGUAAGAUAGUCUCGACGCCGUCAGCGCCAACACCGUCAAGAAGCCUCAUCAUCCAAACGUAGGUUCUUCCCACCGACGGGCUCACCCAAGGCCCUCAAGACUUUGCACGAUGUCUCGUGCCCCAGCCGAGAUAAACCGUAACCAAGAUGCGACCUGCUAUGUCGGCAACAUCGAUGAGCGGGCGAGCGACACCUUGAUCUGGGAACUGAUGCUCCAAGCUGGACCCAUCGUAAAUGUCCACCUACCUAAGGACCGUAUUUCUCAAUCACACCAGGGCUACGGCUUUGCCGAAUUCCAGACCGAGCAAGACGCAGACUAUGCGUGCAAGAUUAUGAACGGAAUCAAGCUUUUUGGCAAGCCACUGAGGGUCAACAAGGCCAGCAGUGAUCGCAAGCAGAUCGACAUCGGUGCCAACCUCUUUAUGGGGAAUCUGGAUGCGAACGUCGACGAACGAAAUCUAUACGACGCAUUUAUUUUGUUCGGGAGCAUCGUUGGGAUACCCAAGGUCGCUCGAGACCCUACGACGGGCGUUUCAAAAGGGUAUGGCUUCGUUUCAUACGACUCGUUUGAGGCUGCGGAUGCCGCAAUAGAGUCUAUGAACAACCAGUACUUGCUCAACAAGCCGAUCAGUGUCGACUUUGCGCUGAAGAAGGAUGGCAAGGGAGGGGAGAAGCACGGCACAGCGGCCGAGCGACUUCUCGCCGCCCAGGCACGAAAGAACAACGCGAUGCCAGCGGCACCGCCACCUCCACCGGGAUUUGGCAUGGCAGCGUCAAGAGCAUACGGUGUGCCUCCUGGCUUUGCGCCACCGCCUCCGCCAGGUAUGGCACCGUAUGGAGGGGGUUUUCUCGCUGGAGCUCCGCCACCCCCACCUCCGCCGCCUGGGGUUCCACAAGCCGCGGUCUAUGGUGCGCCUGGAAUGGGCAUGCAGCCACCGCCGCCACCGCCGCCCGGCUCGAUGCCCCUCCCGCCCGGGUUUGAAGCGCAGGGACAGGCCUUCGCGCCGCCAGCACCCCCGUCGAAUGGAUAUGCUGGCCCACCUCCGGCAUUCAUGACAGGAACAAAUACCGCACCUCUCGGGCGACGAUGAGCGCUUCAGCAAAGACGAGAGAGAGUAUUCAUGUAUUAUAGUAGCAGCAGAAAAAG